AUGGGGGACAAAAUACUAUUAGCAGUUGAUCUACAUGGUGAAUGGAUAGAGACCGAUGAGCGUUAUAGUUGGAAGUCGAAGGGUGGUCUUACAGUACCGAUACUAGUGAGGAGGGAUAUUACGUAUGAUGAGUUUGUUGAUAUCGUUAUUACUAGGUCUGAUGUUGACAAAGAUGGUCGUCGUUGGCCCAUUCUAAGGGUAAAUGUGGUUGAAAUUGGGCCGAUAGAAGUUCCAGAAUCUGGAGAAGCAAUUGGAGUGUUCCCUGGACUUGCUAGCAAUACAAUAGGGCAAGAAGAAGCUGGAAAUUUUUCUGGAUUUGAUUACAAUACAGCGAGGGUAGAAGCUACUUCAGAGUUUUCAGAUUUUGAUUAUAAUACCGCAGGGGUAGAAGGGGCAGAAGAAGAUACAAAUUCUUCUAUUAAUCUGUCCAGUACACAGGGGGUUGAGGGCUCAACACAAUGUAGCCACAGUCGUGAAGACGGCACAGGAUUUUUCUCGGGUCUAACUUUCAAGAAGAAGCAAGAAUUGAAAAUCCUAUUGAACCUUGCUGACGUGAAGAAUAAUUUUAGUUUUGAGCAGGUAAAGAACACAAAAAAAAUCUACAAUGUCAAAUGUGUAGAUAAGAAUUGCAAGUGGCGACUGCGUGCUAUGAAGUUUGAGGGUACCGAUAGGUUUCGUAUUACCACAUACCAUAAUAUGCACAUAUGUGGAGUACAACAUCUUACAAGCCAUCAUCGACACGCAACCGCUGAAGUCGUUGCUAAACACAUUGAAAAUAAGUUUAUCGAGGGGAACAGUCUAUCUACAAGAGAAAUUAAGGAAACAAUUCGUGUAGAAUUGGGAUGCAAGAUUAGUUACUGGAAGUGUCUGGAGGGUAGUUAUAUUGCAAAAUCUUUGACAAGAGGAACACCAGAACACGGAUAUGAAGUUAUAGAUAAGUACCGUCAUAUGAUUCAUGUUACAAAUGAAGGAAGCAAGACAGAUUUGAAGGUUGAUUCUUCUGGCAGGUUCUUGUAUUUUUUUGUAUCCUAUGGAGCUUGGAUAAAUGGAUUUGCUUAUACAAGAAAAGUCCUAGCUGUUGAUGGAACACAUUUGUUUGGAAAGUAUGGCGGAGUGUUGUUGUCUGCUGUGGCGUUGGAUACCGAAAAUCACAUAUUCCCCUUGGCAUUUUGUGUAGUAAAUUCGGAGGGUGAUGCCUCGUAUCAGUACUUUUUUGAACAAUUGCUCGAGAUCGUCCCCAACACUAAUGAGUUGUGCAUAAUUUCUGAUAGACAUCCAUCUAUAAAGAAAGCAGUUUCAAAGAUUUAUACUGAAGCUCAUUAUGGAGCUUGCAUGAGGCACCUUGGUGAAAGCAUCCGCAAAAACUUUCACUGUGGAGAUUGGAUGCACCAUUUUUAUGAUGCAGCGAAAGCAUAUCGGAGGGACGAGUUUAAUGAUCAUUUUCAACAAAUCAAAGAUUUGGAUAUGAGUGUCGCCAAAUAUCUUGAGGAUGUUGGUUUCCACAGAUGGAGCAGAGCACACUUCCCUGGCAACAGGUAUGAUGUAAUGACCACCAACAUUGCUGAGUCAAUUAACUCAAUGUUCUUGGCGGAAAGAGAAUUCCCGAUUACUGCUCUAUUCAAUUCUAUAAAUAGGAGGUUUGCUCAAAAGUUUCACGAGAGGCGUAUGGUGUUGGCCAACACAUCAACCAUAUGUGUCCCUUCCGUUGAAAGAAAAAUAAGAGAAAAUGUAACUAUAGGCAAUACACUAUUGGCCCAUCAAAUAAGCUUCCACACUUUUAGCAUCAUUGGUCAUGGUUCAGUGGCUAUGGUUGAUCUAAACAAUAGAACAUGUUCUUGUAGAGAGUUUGAUUUGGACAAAAUACCUUGUCCACAUGCUAUUGCAGCGAUAAGAACCCAGUUCGGGGAUGAUUAUGGAUUAAGAGUUUAUGAUUUUGUUUCUCCAUAUUAUUCAGUAUGGUCAUACAAACAUGCAUAUGAAAAAUCAAUUCAUCCAGUGUUAUCUGAAGAAUUUUGGGAGCUUCCUCCAGAGCUUUUGGAGAGUAAAAUACCUUGUCCAUAUGUGGUGCGCAAGCCGGGAAGAAAGAAGAGAAAGCGGGCACCUUCAGUCUUGGAGCGGGGUUCAAAGAAGAAGAAAAAUAAAUGCUCCAUAUGCAAAAGAGUUGGUCACAAAAGAACUACGUGUAGUCUCAGAGAGAGACAAAAUGAAGGAACAAGCAGUAGUGUAGCUUCUUAA